GUAGCAGUAGUAGUUGUGCAGUGUACGUGUAAUGUAUAUCACGAUGAGCAGGUUAUGUUUGAUGAUUCUCUGUCUACUGUGUCAUAUCUACAGCUGUUGCAGUUCCAAUGGCUGUGACAGUAUCCAUCACCGUUACUGUACUGUACUGGGUACUGUUGUGUCCACUGACGAAGUUAGGAUAAUUCUCUCCUGUGAUUCAUUGGAGAGUGGAGACCGUGUCACCUUGGUGUUGAGUGCUGGGGUAGCUACCGGUGCCCCGGUAUGCCACAGCCACACCCUCUCCCCCACAGUUGACACGUGGUACUGGUUCUGGUUGAUGACGUCCAUUUCUUGGGGGAUGUUGUUCCUUCGCCUGUCCUUCUGGAAAUCCCCAGCCGCUCUCUUGAAUCAUCACCACGUCCCCUACCCGAUCCAGGAACAGCAUGGAAUUCCCGAGGUCCACGGCGUGCUAUUGUGUUCCUAGACUGUACAUAGAUGUCCUCUUGCACCACGACUUCAGAUGAAUACGCCUGCAAUCAGACGGACAAGCAUUGUUACGGAACAUACUGCUUGGAAACAAUGCACAAACAAUGUACAGUUACACAGUGGACGCCAUUGGCUU